AUGGUGCUCAUUGAAGAAAUCUCAAGAAAUAUGAAAUCUCAGCAAGAUACUCGGCUCACUAGGUCUAAUGUGCACGCAACUGGAUUGGUCUGCACGCAAGUGACCGCAGAUACUUCCUUUCGGUGUCCGCAGAUGGCACGCAGAUUUUCCUGUGCCCGAAUGGAGGUGGACUUGGUCUGGUCAUCUACCUGGAGCCUCAAGAAGGUUUUGUUUAUCGCUCAGCGAUAUCUCCCAUUUUUUGAUGCAGCCACGCUGUGUUUUGUCCGGGCUAAUGUCUGUCUCCCCAUUUGCUUCAAUUCUAUUGACUCAAAUGGGUCUACCAUCAGUAAUUUUAACGCUACGCGUGUGGGCGGUCUGGAAUCGGAACAGACGAUUAGGAGCAGCCCUGUCGGUUUUCUUUUUCUCGAUGGCUGCUGCUGGUUUCCUGGUCAUGAUUAUGUUCCAACGUGGCAUAGAAUUUCUCUUGAUCCUAUUGCUCAUUCGCGGUAUUACGGCUUCGAAGUCUUGUCGGCUAUCAACGUGGUUGUUGUGAAUACCCUUUCGGUGAGAUACUUGGAUAUUCUAUCCUCGGUGCUCCUUCACAUUCGUGUUUAUAUGAGAGAUGUAGAACUCCCAGUCCGGUCUGGCGGCAUUACAAAGAACCAAUCGAACCCGAAUUUGGUUUACGGGUAG